CUUUUCUCGGUUGUAGACGCUCGUAAGUUUUCGGCAGUUUCCGGGGAGACUCGGGGACUCUGCGUCUCUCUCGCUCCGCUCCGAGUGCCCGGUGCGGCGGGGCAGGGUCUUGGGCUAGUCAUGGCGUCCCCGUCUCGGAGACUGCAGACAAAACCAGUCAUCACUUGCUUCAAGAGCGUUCUCUUGAUCUACACUUUCAUCUUCUGGAUCACUGGUGUCAUCCUUCUUGCCGUGGGUAUUUGGGGCAAGGUGAGCCUGGAGAAUUAUUUUUCCCUUUUGAAUGAGAAGGCCACCAAUGUGCCCUUUGUGCUCAUUGGUACUGGUUCUGUCAUUAUUCUAUUGGGCACCUUCGGCUGUUUUGCUACCUGCCGAGCUUCUGCAUGGAUGUUAAAAUUGUAUGCAAUGUUUCUGACUCUCAUUUUUUUGGUUGAACUGGUCGCUGCCAUCGUAGGAUUUGUUUUCAGACAUGAGAUUAAGAACAGUUUUAAGAAUAAUUAUGAGAAAAUUUUAAAGCAGUAUAACUCUACGGGAGAUUAUAGAAGCGAUGCAGUAGACAAGAUUCAAAAUAAGUUGCAUUGUUGUGGUGUCACCGACUUUAGAGAUUGGAAGGAUACUAAUUAUUACUCAGAAAAAGGAUUUCCCAAGAGUUGCUGCAAACUUGAAAAUUGUUCUCCACAGAGAGAUGCAGAUAAAGUAAACAAUGAAGGUUGUUUUAUAAAGGUGAUGACCAUUGUAGAGUCAGAAAUGGGAGUGGUUGCUGGAAUUUCUUUUGGAGUUGCUUGCUUCCAGCUGAUAGGAAUCUUUCUAGCCUACUGCCUCUCUCGUGCCAUAACAAAUAACCAGUAUGAGAUAGUGUAAACAACAAACCAUGGGCCUAUUCCUCUUGAAAUUUAAGGACAUUUACAUUCCCCCCUGUGAGCUAUGAAAUUGCCUGGAUGGAAGACUACCUACUACUUCUUACUGUAGACCAAAAACUUAUAUCAGUAGUCUGAUUCAAUCAAGACAUGUGCAGUUUAAGUCCACCUUUUGUCCCAUUGAUGUUAGAUCAUUGAAACCCCUGUAUCACUGUGAAACACUGGAAGAGCUAGUAAACUGGAAAUGAUGCAA